CUCUGAUUAAUCCAGUAUAUCGUGUUGUUAUUUCUGCUUCUGCGGAGUGAAUGAAUUGUAAACCUCAUUUUCUGUAAUAUUUGUUUACAUUUUGUGUUUGUACCAUCACAACCAUCCCAAGCAGCUUCGACAGAAAUCAGCGAAAAUGGUGAAUCUCGCAAAGCGCAUGCGAAACUUCCAACCAAAAGUGAGUUCUGGGUUGACCUGACCCAUCUUCUUCAAGCUCAUUCUUUUCCAGCUAUUAGCGGUUCAAUAUGGCAAAGGCGCAGCCGUCCUUCCUCCUCCUCCAUCUCCUCAAUUAACUCGACUUACCAUGAGAUUCCCACGGACCGAAUGGUCUUUAAGCAACCAGGGUCCCAGAAUGUUCGCGAAAGACAGCCUCCCACGACUGAAAUACCACAAUCCUACUUUACCUAUAAGGGUCGAAGACACACAAAGCUCAACGUUAGAGCUAACGUUUGAGAGCGCCGAUAAAGCCUCAUUAGAAAAACUACAAAAACGAGAUGACUCCGAUAACCUGGAGGAUGAAUGGACUGAGAUACAAACCAAACCACAAGAACCUGCUGAUCAGGCCUCUACCUCAACAUCAGUCCCCAUCUUCACGAGGAAUGGCAUCCUGGGGCUGAAGGGCAAGCAUUCAAGAGAAAUCUGGAGAUGGCUCGAACACAAGACGGCAUGCAAGGAUGUAUCAAUCACUCCACAGGACGAUAUUCUGAGACGAAAAUUACAAGGAAUCGCCCGCAAGUCUGCCGCAGAUCGCAUGCUCGUCAAGGCCGGCAUGGACGCUCUCAGGAAGCAACAGGCAGAACUAAAGAAAGCAAGAGAAGCUGCGGAGAGAUUGACUUCAGAAGCAUAAUACCUUGCGUGUAAAAUAAAAAGUGGCCUCUACGGCUCAUGGUUGCCUUCUGUACAUUACAACAUUGGUUCUAGUUGGUGAUGGCUAGGGCACGAUGACUGGCUCAACACAUUUAGCAUUGACCAGAUAUUCGAGAAUCGAGAUACCCAAUUUUCUUCAAGCAAAGGCAGCUACUCAGCACUUUGAGGGAAGGUUUCAAAGGUCUCAGCCCAUGGACACCAACAAAUGUACGUUUUCUGAUGGGUUCACCUCUCGCUAUAUCCGGCUUAGGAAAUGUUCCCACUCAAAUAUCUUUUCCCUUCUCAACCACUCUAGGCGCUGCUUUGGUACGGGCGGCAGUCGUCAUGCCAAAGUACAGCGACUACAGUCUUGAAUGGGUGUUAACCAUGACCCUUCACAUCAAACAUUGACGACCUCACGAAAAUGCAGGUAAAUCAGCUCAAAUUGGUCGGACGGAUAUGGCGACUCCCCAAUACAUGGUCUCGGAUGCGCUUGCGAUGUUAGCACCGUUCCCUGGUUACAACACCCAAUUUUGUUGACACAUCACUUACUAGGAUCAGUCACUUUACUCUAGUCAAUCAACUUGCACGCUGCGAACCUCUCAUCUUGCUCACUUGGAUCAAACACCGUUCUCCAGUCACCCAUAUCCGGAAAACAGAACUACUCUGUUUGCCGUUGGUAUUGGCAAUCACGACGAGAUAUUUGCAAUUAUGACGAACUGUUUGAAAUCACAACGAGCUGUUUGGAAAAUAUUGAGUCAAAAGACUGUUUGCGUCGCCUCCGAUGGAUUAUAUAAACUCGAGAUUUCCCGACUAUCCUCUGCUCAACUACCACUCCUCUUCGAACAUCUUACAAAGCCUCAAGAACCUCAAAAUCAAAUCAAUAACCAACCACUUUAAAUCUAUAUCAUACCACGCCCAUCAUGUCCAGCGGAGACAGUAAACCCAGUGGCAGCAACAGUCCUCCCCACGGAGGCACCAAGCCGAAGAACAGCAAGCCACCACCAAAUCGACCCCCUCCCAGACCAUAGGAGACCAUAGGAGCCAAAACCGACUCCCGGCGUCUCUUCAAUGAGGCCAUGGCGUCAGACACAAAUCGAGCUACAUGGUGAUUACCGGUGCUGAGACGUUCUUUUGAUCUACCCUGUACGAGUGGAACUGGAUUCAUAUUCUUUUCUGGGACGAAGACUUGGUGGGACGCGGACGCGACGAGGCGUGCUGGCCAUCGAACUGAUCGUCGGGGGGUCAGGCCAGGUCUUCUUUGGUCUGGCAAAUUCCUAGGGCUGAGAUAUAGUCACUCUUUUGUUGUCUUGGUUGCAUUGCCUGGAGCUGGAUAGACGGUGGAUGGUGGUAUUUACAAUAGGCAGCAAUCCAAAUUUUAU